AUGACUGACGAAUCGCUUGAUGCUAGAUUGACUCAGGAGGUGACCACGCUAUCCACAAAGUUGGUGACCGCUGUCGCAAAGCUGCUGGAAUUGGAGGAAAGGAUAUUACUCUUGAUGAAGGAGAACCAAACGUUGAAAACCAGGAGCUUAGAACUAGAAGGAAUAAGUAAAAAGUACGAUGCUAUAACCGAGAAGAACGGCCAACUUCAAAAGGAUUUGGUGGUGAGUAAUUCUCUGAAAGAUGAAGCUGAAAAGAAAAUCACCGAGUUGGAAAAUGAGGUGGAGGAUCUCACUGCAUCAUUAUUCGAUGAAGCAAACAAGAUGGUUAGUGAUGCAUCUAGAGAAACGUAUAACUUCAAGAUCAAGAACAGGAAACUUCAGGAGGAGAUUGAAGAAAAACAGACGAUUAUCGAUAAUCUUCAAGAUCAACUCAAAGAUUUAAAGCAACUUUUCUUCCAGAUUGAAGACCAACAGAAGUUGACCUUCAGCAAGAAUGGCACUCCAAACUUGGAGAAAGGUAACUUUGAAGCCGGAUCUGGCAAUUCCAACGGAAAGAUAAAUACUAAUGGCGGCACAAAGCCCUCCUCGUCGUACCAUCGCCGUAAUAGCACUAAGGGCUCCAUUAACUCAAAAUCUUCGAACCUGGCGGUCGACGACGAGAACCUCCUUUACCUGCAACAAAUAUCAUCACUCAUUUAUUCUCCAAAUAUCAGAUCAAUCAGAUUUGACCUUGCAGAAUACCAACUUGAAUUCAAGCCUUUCAUCUACACACUCAUAAAGCCAAAUUAUACCUUGGACUUACCUAAUCUUAAAGCAAAUAAAUACUUCAGGAAAAUCUGGAAUGACGAACUUGAAAAAAGCAUACCUGUGGUGCCGACACCUUCUAACUUCAUAAAUCGAUGGCAGAAGGGUAAGAGUUUCUGGAAUUUAAUUGUAGAAGGCCGGGCCAUCAUAGAGCCUAUUAGUGGAGUUAACGAGACUUACAAAUUGACAUACCAAAGCAGCCAUAACAACAAUGCGGGCACUACUAGCGCCAACAAUCCACCGAUUGCUACUAAGGAACCUUGUAAUUUCUGUCACGAACACCAAGAUGACGUGUUAGAGCAUGCUAGACUCUAUUCGAUCAAAUUGAUGAAUCCAGAGUAUAAUCCAAAUGGAACAUCGCUUAAUGAGCAGGAGGAAGUUCUUGCCAGUUAUCCAUUGUGUAAUUAUUGUCUUAUUAAAUUAAGAAACAUUUGCGAAUUCUUUGCAAAGAUAAGAUUAAUUCACUCGAAUGUCUAUAAAUUAAUACCGCCAAAUCCAUUGACAGCACAAAACAGUGGCAACAGUAACUCAAGUGUGAGUGUGGGAACUUCAAAUACUAACAGCAGUGGUACUGGCGGAACAAAUGACGCAAACGGAUCCAAUGAUUCUUCACCAGUACUCACCCAAUCCAAUAGAUUCAACCGGUUUUCUGGAAUGAUAAAUGGAACAGGAGAGUCGACCUCAAAUGUUGACUUAUUAUCUAAGAGAUUGGAACAAGCAAGAAUUGUGCCAACAAGUGUUGACGAGAGAAAGGAAGAAGCCAAAUUUAUGAAGUUGUAUUUGAUGUUAAUUCUGAUUAGAGCAAAGAUCUUCUGGAGCAAGAUCGGAUAUUGGGACAAUCCAAAUAAUGUAGUUGACACAAACUUGGAAGAAAUUCAUUACGAAGCAUUCAUUCAAUUGAUCGGAGGUGAGGGCGAGCGGGACGAAAAGGCUGCUCCUGUGCGUAGGGCCAGUGAGACAAGUAAACUGAUCAGGCAGACUGAUCUAAGUAAGAAGUUGGAAAGUCCCGAAUUGAAUAAAGAUGUGAAGGGUGGUGAUUCCGCAAUAGCUGAGAGAAAACAUGAAUUUGACCCAAUCAACCCACCAUUUCAAAGCGAUUCUGCUUCAGUUAAGUCUUCCUCAUCUAAUAAAUCAAACACCUCAAGAAAAUCUUCUUCUUCCUCGGUAAAGGAUAGAAUAAAGAGAUUUGAAUCGUCAAAUUCAUUGAAUGCUAAUUUAGCAGGUACAAGUGCAAGUGCAGGAGCAAGUGCAAAUACUAGUUUUAACAAUGCUAACACUAGUGCAGAUAGGAUCACAAUUCAUUCCGAAUCAGAAGACGAUGAAUUUGCAGAUUCUACAGAAGAUUUCGACAUUGUCACGAAGGAAACUCAAAAGGAGACCAGCCUUGGAAGAAAGAAAUCUAAAUCCAAACAAUUCAAGAAGAAAGUUGAAAACGAUUUGAAUGAGACGUUAGCUAUGUUACAAGAGAGCCUUGAAACUUGA